CAUAGUGGUACAUAAAUCAUUGUGAAUAUAAAACCGGAAACUUUCUGCUGACCCCAGGCAAUAAACGAUGGUAUAAAUAUAAUCGAUCACCGGUCGCCACAUUUCGAAGGGGAGGUAAUCAACAACAAUGGCGACAACAAGCACAAUGUUGGCAUCUUUGGUGGUAGUUUUGAUGCCUUUUGCAGUGUUAGGAAGCACAUGUGUUUCACCAGAUGUCAAAACAGAAACAUACACAACCACUGAUGGCAUGGCUUCCAUGGACACAGUUUUUGUUGUAGAAUUUUCAUUGAAAUGUAAACAAAGAGUAGAGAAUUUGAAUUUAUAUGCUGAUAUACAUGGUAGAACAGUACCAGCAACAAAGACAAACAAAGCUGAUAGUUACCAGAUUAGUUUUUCUGAGGAGCAUAAAAAUUUACCAUCAGGAUCUUACCAAGUAAGAUUAUAUGAUGAUGAAGGAUACUCUGCACUGAAGAAGGCUCAAAGAAGUGGAGAUGGAGAAAGCCAGAUUAAACCAGUACACACUUUUUACAUCAACCAUCCAGGAGUAUGGAAAGGACCUUUACUCCAGAGUGAAUUUGUAGCAUCAAUGGUUGCCAUUCUUGUUUGGUACCUCGCAUACACAGCAAAGGCAAAAUUACAGUCCAACUAGAGAAUCCACCAGCAUGACAUUUGUCUCUUAAAUCAUUCCAUCACAUGAAUACUUAAUUGUCAUCUUCAGGGACGAUACUCAAAGACUAACUUCAAGGAGAAAAUCGCUAUUUUUAAAUUUUUGGUUUAAAUUUCAUUACUGGAUUAUGAAUUAAUUUUAUUUUGAUUUGUUUGGUAAUUGUUAUGUUUGGGGGGAAUGCAUCCUUGAAAAAACAGAAGACAGCUUCCUUUACAGAUAUAAACAACAAGACAAAUUAGGGUUCUAAGAAAAGAUAUGCAAUCAUUUUAUAUAAUUUAUAUGGUUAUACCAAGAGCGAAAUAUUGACACCUAAAAAUAGAACUUACUUUGUUUAUUAUGUGAUUGUGUGUAAAAGAAGGUGUGAAAGUGAAAAAGAAUAAAAUGUUUUUUACUUAU